AUGGCAAACAUACCUGUUUUUUUGCUCCCAGGUGGUAGAGGAAUUUGUGAGGAAGAAGAAGAUAUAAGGCAGGCAUACUUAAAGAGACUCAUCCAACCAUCACAUCGCCGCUGCCUUCUGCCAACAUCCAUCCAUUCUCGCCCACCUUCCGGCCACCGAAGCAUCGCCGCGCAUCCGCCUCCGCCUCUGCCUGUACCUGCACAACCACCGCCGCCUCUCAUCUCGUUGUCAGGUUUCUACCUGUCGGCCCUUUUCAUCCCGUUGUCGUCCCCUUUCUCGGCUUGUCGUGGCUAUUCUCAGCCCAUCAACAGCAUCCCGCCACUGCUAUCGCCACUGUACAAAAUCAGUCCGCCGUCGAGCACCUCCAUCACCACCUGCCUCCGGCAACGAUGUGGUGGGAUCUAUCUGGUUGACCACAGACAGUUGACCGCAAAUCACAUCUUGGGUUGUACAAACAAGAUCAUAUCAAAACCGGAUCAAACGGGUGCAAACGGAUCUUGUAUUCAGACGGCUUCGGCGGCGAGUGCGUCGGACAACGGCAUUCUCGGCGGCGAUGGAAAGCUCUUGUCGCGACGGUCGUCUGGGGAUGCUAUGUACCUUGAUCAGACCUCCGUAACUAAUAGAGUGAUCUUCGGUUCGCCCGAUAACGACCCACUUUAUCUAAGCGCAGAACAACAGAACUCCUAUCAAUCCGUUAUUCUAAAAGACCUAUGUCGAUCCUAUUGUCAUGCUCAUUACUCGCGUUCCUUCCACGUGUUUGACGAAGACCUUCCCCGCAAACUCUUUGUGAAAGGAUCAGCUAGGUUGUCCUCUGACGUAAUCUUGGCAACAUCAACGUCUCCUCUACCAACGAUAUCUCGAAUCAGAUGGUACUUGCACUCUAUGUUUUUGCUUGCCCUAUGGGCUCGAGGUUCAUUUGAGUUCGCUACUGCUCCACUGUUAUCACAGUACACGGUGAUACCACGUGGCAAACUCGGUAUAACCUUUAAGUCCACUAAGAAGUUCCUGAGCCAAACUGCCUAUUUCGCUGCCUCUGAGGCUGCUAUGUACUCGGCUUCCAUGGUGGAUUCUGCCACGCAUUUCUGCUUAGCACUCCUCCAUGAAAUGGCUCAACUUCUCAAGACCAAUGUUCCCUUCCCAGAUUACUUUGAUAUCUAG